UCCAAGCGCUCUGCGUCCAAUAAACACCAGCAGAAGAAGAAGAAGCGUCAGGAUGUCAACCCACUCUCGGACUCAGACCCGAGUUCCGAUUCCAGCGAUGAUGACUCGUCCUCUGAAAGUUCGGACGACAGUUCGGACGAGAACCCUGGGGUUAACCUGACGGCGGCCUCUACGGCUCAAGCUGGAACUACGCUCCUUACGUUCCGGCCGUACAUCAACUCGAAUACUCUGGGUGAGUUCGACACGAAGGCGUCACUCAGAGAACGCGUACAGUGGUGGCAGCGUUUUGCGAACAUAGCGGCCCAGGGAGGCUGGUCCACGAAGACGCGAAUUCAGGAGCUCAAGUUGAAA